AUGAGGAGGCGGGUCCUAGAGGUAGAGGGGGGCUGGGAGGUUUGUGUAAAUGGGGCGGGGGUCUUGGAGACCUUUGCGAAGGUUUUGGCCUUUAGUCUGAGUGACACAGGGAACUUCUGGACGACAGAAGGGUUGGCGGGACCUCUGACUCUUGGCCUGGCGUUUGCUGCUGAGGGGAAUGGGGGCUACGGAGGUGCCAGUUAUUUGGAACAAAGAUGGAAGAACAAAGGUGUCAGUGGAAGAUUUUCAGAAAACAACCAGGACACACCUUCCUUCCUCAAAUGCAUCUUCAGUGGCAUAUUAACUAACGUCAGGUGUUGCUAUGGCCUUGUCAUUCCACCAGGAGUCACUAGUGAGUCUGCACAAAGUCUGGAGGCCGUUAAACUGAUAAAUGCAUGUGAUUCUGCUGCUCUCAGUAACGCAUUCUUCGAGACGGAAAUCUAUGAAAAAUGUGUAGAUGGCUUCCAGGAGGUGCAGGGUCAUUUAGGGAGAGGUCUGGCCACUGGGUACGUGGAACAGAUAGAUAGCUGCGAUGUUUCGGAUCGGGAGGAGACAGCUCUGGAAGCAGAGCGUUACCCGCGUUCUGACGAUUGUGAGUCCCCGGAGGACAGGGAUGACAGACAGCCUUCUCCUAGCACAAGCCUGGUGCUGCAAAGACUGAAGGAAGAGAAGGAAGCCAAACGCGCCCGUUUGGAUGGUAGGCAUGACUACGUAUUUGCAAUUGUAGCUUCCUGCGUGGACCUGGACAAAACUGAAGUGGAAGACGCCGUUCUUGAGGGGAAUCAGCUUGAAAGAAUCGAUCAGCUUUUUGCUGCUGGAGGUCUUCGUCACCUUCUAUUCUACUAUCAGGAUGUGGAGGUGGCCGAAUCAGGACAACUUGGCUCUCCUGGGGGAGCGAAUCCUCUUUCUGAAAAGAUUAAAAAACCUAAGGUGUUUGUGACCGAGGGAAAAGAUGUUGCUCUUACUGGAGUGUGUGUAUUCUUCAUCAGGACUGACACUUCCAGAGCUGUCACCCCUGAGAACAUCCACAGGGAGGUGACCUUUAACAUGCUAGAUCCUGCGGAUGGGGGCCUGCUCAACAGUGUGAGGCGUUUGCUGUCGGACAUCUUCAUUCCCGCUCUCAGGGCCACGAGCCAUGGAUGGGGUGAGCUCGAGGGUCUUCCGGAAGCAUCCAGCAUUCAGCAGGAGUUCUUGAGCUCUCUGGAAGGCUUUGUGGGUGUCCUGUCGGGCGCACAGGAGAGUUUGAAGGAGAAGGUGAACCUUCAAAAGUGUGACAUAUUUGAACUAAAAGCCCUGAAGGAACCGACAGACUACUUGACUCUAGCUAAUAACCCAGAGACUUUGGAGAAAGUAGAAGGUUGUAUGAGAGUAUGGAUCAAACAGACCGAACAGGUGCUUGCUGAAAACAACCAGCUGCGUAAGGAAGCGGAUGACCUUGGGCCCCGAGCAGAGCUGGAACACUGGAAAAAAAGACUGUCCAAAUUUAACUACCUUUUGGAUCAAUUAAAAAGCCCGGAUGUGAAGGCUGUCUUGGCAAUGCUUGCUGCUGCCAGGUCGAAACUUCUGAAGACUUGGCGGGAGAUGGAUAUUCGCAUCACUGAUGCAGCUAAUGAAGCAAAGGACAAUGUCAAAUAUUUGUACACACUUGAAAAAUGCUGCGACCCCUUGUACAGUAGUGACCCGGUUUCCAUGGUUGAUGCUAUCCCUACACUUAUAAAUGCAAUUAAAAUGAUCUAUAGUAUCUCUCAUUAUUAUAACACCUCUGAGAAGAUCACAUCUCUGUUUGUAAAGGUGACGAAUCAGAUGAUAUCUGCAUGUAAAGCCUACAUUACCAACAAUGGGACUACAUCCAUCUGGAGCCAGCCUCAGGGUGUGGUUGUGGACAAGAUAUUAUCUGCAAUUAAACUCAAGGAGGAGUACCAGCGCUGCUUUCACAAGACAAAACAAAAGCUUAAACAAGAUCCAAAUGAGAAACAAUUUGAAUUUAGUGAGAUGUAUAUUUUUGGGAAAUUUGAAACUUUCCACCGACGACUUGCCAAGAUAAUAGACAUCUUUACAACCUUCAGGACGUACUCAGUCCUGCAAGAUUCUAAAAUUGAAGGACUGGAAGACGUGGUCACUAAAUACCAGAGUAUUGUUGCCACCAUAAAGAAAAAGGAAUAUAAUUUCUUAGACCAGAGGAAAAUGGAUUUUGACCAGGAUUAUGAAGAGUUUUGCAAGCAAACUAAUGACCUUCACAACGACUUGCAGAACUUCAUGGACAUUACAUUUGAAAAGAUUCAAAACACAAAUCAAGCUCUAAGUAUGUUAAAGAAAUUUGAAAGUUUGAAUAUACCUAAUCUUGGUAUUGAUGACAAAUAUCGGCGUAUCCUAGGGAAUUAUGGGGCUGACAUCGAUAUGAUCUCCAAACUGUAUACAAAGCAGAAAUUUAAUCCUCCUUUGGCUCGAGAUCAGCCUCCCAUUGCUGGGAAGAUCUUGUGGGCCCGACAGCUCUUCCAGAGGAUUCAGCGACCAAUGCAGCUUUUCCAGCAGCACCCAACUGUGCUACAGACGGCAGAAGCCAAGCCUGUGAUUCGCAGUUACAACAGGGUGGCCAAGGUCCUCCUGGAGUUUGAAGUUCUCUACCACAGGGCAUGGCUUCAACAAAUUGAAGAAAUUCACAUAGGACUUGAGGCAUCUUUAUUGGUGAAGGCUCCAGGCACGGGGGAAUUGUUUGUAAACUUUGACCCUCAGAUAUUAACCUUAUUUAGAGAGACGGAGUGCAUGUCACAGAUGGGUCUGGAAGUGUCACCAUUUGCGGCUGCCCUGUUCCAGAAACGGGAUGUAUACAAAAAGAACUUCAGUAACAUGAAGAUGAUGCUGGCUGAAUAUCAGAGAGUGAAGUCAAAAAUGCCUCCCACCAUAGAGCAACUGAUGGUCCCUCAUCUGGCUAAGGUGGAUGAGGCUCUCCAGCCUGGCUUGGCCGCCCUGACCUGGACGUCACUGAACAUUGAGGCAUACUUAAAAAACUCUUUUGCAAAGAUCAAGGACCUGGAAUUGCUGCUUGACAGAGUCAACGAUCUGAUGGAGUUCCGCAUUGAUGCCAUUUUGGAAGAAAUGAGCAGCACGCCGCUUUGCCAGCUUCCCCAGGAGGAGCCGCUUACCUGUGCCGAGUUCCUCCAGAAGACAAAGGACCUUUGUGUAAAUGGUGCUCAGAUACUAAAUUUUAAAAGCUCAUUAGUAGAGGAAGCAGUGAAUGAGCUAAUAAAUAUGUUGCUGGAUGUGGAAGUUCUAUCCAAAGAAGAAAGUGACAAAGCGUCUAAUGUAAAUAGUACUGAUUCAAAAAACGAAAGUUCAGGUAAGAGAUGGGGUAAUGGAAGGAGAGAAGGGAAUUUCGACACCUUGACGUCAUCCCUUAAGGCCCCCGCAGGCCUCCUGCCUCUGGCGACAAUCCUGAGAAAGAAGAGGGAGACGGAGAUAUUAGAAGAGGAAGCCUGCGGGUUACUCUCCCAUUUCAACCAUCUAAAUAUGGAUGCGCUUCUGAAAGUUACAAGAAACGCCCUGGAGGCCAUUCGCAAGCGCAUUCAUUCCUGCAACAUGGUGAACUUCCGGGACAGUAACAGUACAUCUAAGAGGAAGCAGAACAGUGUGCCCAUUUUCCGGGCGGGCAUCACUCUGGCCAUUCCCAACAUUGCCAUGGCCCCUGCCCUGGAAGACAUACAGCAGACGCUGAACAAAGCCGUGGAGUGCAUCGUCAAUGUCACCAAGGGGAUUAGACAGUGGAGCAGUGAGCUGUUAUCUAAGAAAAAGAUGCAGGAAAGGAAAAUGGCUGCUUUGCAGAAUAAUCAAGACAGUGAUUCUGAUGCUGAAAUUGGAGAAAACGAACCUCAAGAUACCUUUGAGAUAGCAUCUGUAAACUUACCCAUUCCUGUGCAAACCAGGAACUAUUAUAAGAAUGUGUCUGAUAACAAAGAGAUUGUGAAAUUAGUCUCCGUGCUUAGCACAAUCAUCAAUUCUACCAAAAAGGAAGUUAUUACAUCUAUGGAUUGCUUCAAACGCUACAAUCAUAUUUGGCAAAAAGAGAAAGAAGAAACAAUUAUGAUGUUUAUUACAAAAAACCCCUUGCUUUCUGAAUUUGAAUCUCAGAUUCACUAUUUCCAAAAGCUGGAGCAGGAAAUUAAUGCUGAGCCAGAGUACAUCUGUGUGGGUCCCAUUGCUCUGUACACAGCCGACUUGAAGUUCAUUCUGACUGCUGAGACAAAGGCCUGGACAGUUGUCAUUGGCCGUCACUGUAACAAAAAGUACAGGAGUGACAUGGAAAACAUUUUUACACUUGUUGAAGAAUUCAAUAAGAAACUGAAUCGUCAAAUUAAAGACCUAGAUGAUGUUCGGAUUGCUAUGGCAGCCCUGAAGGAAAUCAGGGAGCAGCAAAUCUCCAUUGACUUUCAAGUAGGACCUAUUGAGGAAUCCUACGCCCUGCUUAACAAAUACGGUCUUCUGAUAACCAAAGAGGAGAUGGACAAAGUUGAUGCCCUGCGUUAUUCUUGGGAGAAGCUUCUGGCACGUGCCAGUGAAGUUCAGAACGAAUUAGUCUCACUGCAGCCCAGUUUCAGGAAGGAGCUAAUUAGUACCGUGGAGGUCUUCCUCCAAGACUGUCACCACUUCUACUCAGACUAUGAUUUGAAUGGUCCGAUGGCUAGUGGCUUGAAACCCCAGGAAGCCAGUGAUAGGCUUAUCAUGUUUCAGAAUCAAUUUGAUAAUAUCUAUCGGAAAUACAUCACCUAUACUGGAGGAGAAGAGCUCUUUGGACUGUCAGUUACUCAGUAUCCUCAGCUUCUUGAAAUAAAGAAGCAAUUAAAUCUUCUACAGAAAAUAUACACUCUGUACAACAGCGUCAUAGAAACUGUAAAUAGCUAUCAUGAGAUGCUUUGGUCAGAAGUUAAUAUUGAAAAAAUCAACGGCGAACUUUCAGAGUUCCAGAGCAGGUGUCGGAAGCUGCCCCGGGCCUUGAAGGACUGGCAGGCUUUCUUGGAUCUGAAGAAGACCAUUGAUGAUUUCAGCGAGUGUUGCCCACUCCUGGAGCACAUGGCCAGUAAGGCCAUGAUGAACAGGCACUGGGAAAGGAUAGCUGCUCUCACUGGGCAUAAUCUGGAUGUGGGGAAUGAAACUUUUAAGUUAAGAAAUAUCAUGGAGGCACCUCUUCUGAAAUACAAAGAGGAAAUAGAGGACAUCUGUAUCAGUGCAGUGAAAGAGAGAGACAUUGAGCAAAAGCUGAAGCAAGUGAUGAACGAAUGGGACAGCAAAACAUUUACAUUUGGCAGCUUUAAAUCCCGUGGAGAGCUCCUCUUACGGGGAGACAGCACCUCGGAAAUCAUCGCCAGCAUGGAGGACAGCCUGAUGGUGCUAGGUUCCCUGCUGAGCAACAGGUACAAUAUGCCUUUCAAGGCCCAGAUUCAAAAAUGGGUGCAGUACCUUUCCAACUCAACAGACAUCAUCGAGAACUGGAUGAUGGUGCAGAACUUGUGGAUUUACUUAGAGGCUGUCUUUGUGGGAGGAGACAUUGCUAAGCAGCUUCCCAAGGAAGCCAAGCGCUUUUCCAAUAUCGAUAAAUCUUGGGUGAAGAUUAUGACUCGGGCUCAUGAAAUGCCAAAUGUGGUACAGUGUUGUGUUGGAGAUGAGACCAUGGGGCAGCUGUUACCACACUUGCUGGACCAGUUGGAAAUGUGCCAGAAAUCCCUCACUGGGUACUUGGAGAAAAAACGUCUUUGCUUUCCUCGGUUCUUCUUUGUCUCGGACCCCGCCCUUCUGGAGAUCCUGGGGCAGGCAUCAGACACACACACUAUACAAGCCCACUUGCUGAACGUGUUUGACAACAUCAAAACUGUCAAGUUCCAUGAAAAGAUCUAUGAUCGAAUUCUGUCAAUCUCUUCUCGAGAGGGCGAGACGGUUGACUUGGAUAAACCUGUGAUGGCUGAGGGCAAUGUGGAAGUUUGGCUUAAUUCUCUCUUGGAGGAAUCUCAGUCCUCAUUACAUCUUGUGAUUCGCCAGGCAGCUGCAAAUAUUCAAGAACCAGGUUUCCAGCUGAUUGAAUUUCUUUCUUCCUUCCCUGCUCAGGUUGGAUUAUUAGGAAUUCAAAUGAUAUGGACACGGGAUUCAGAAGAAGCCCUCAGAAAUGCCAAGUUUGAUAAAAAAAUCAUGCAGAAAACCAACCAGUCUUUUCUGGAGCUGUUGAAUACAUUGAUAGGCAUCACGACAAAGGAUCUGAGUUCCAUGGAGCGAGUUAAAUACGAGACUCUGAUUACUAUCCAUGUGCACCAAAGAGAUAUCUUUGAUGACCUGUGUCACAUGCAUAUCAAGAGCCCUACAGACUUCGAGUGGCUGAAACAGUGCAGAUUUUAUUUUAACGAAGAUUCCGACAAGAUGAUGAUCCACAUCACAGAUGUGGCUUUCAUAUACCAGAAUGAAUUUUUAGGCUGCACUGACAGGCUUGUCAUAACUCCUCUCACAGACAGGUGUUAUAUCACGCUGGCUCAAGCUCUGGGAAUGAGCAUGGGAGGAGCUCCCACUGGGCCCGCGGGAACGGGCAAAACAGAAACUACGAAAGAUAUGGGUCGGUGUCUGGGGAAGUAUGUAGUGGUUUUCAAUUGUUCUGACCAGAUGGACUUCCGAGGACUUGGACGGAUUUUUAAAGGACUAGCACAGUCUGGAUCCUGGGGUUGUUUUGAUGAAUUUAACCGUAUCGAUUUACCAGUUCUGUCAGUGGCAGCCCAGCAAAUUUCCAUUAUUCUGACAUGUAAAAAGGAACGCAAGAAGUCUUUUAUUUUUACCGAUGGAGAUAAUGUGACUAUGAACCCUGAAUUCGGACUUUUCCUGACCAUGAAUCCUGGCUAUGCAGGACGGCAGGAGCUUCCUGAAAACUUGAAGAUUAACUUCCGCUCGGUGGCCAUGAUGGUGCCUGACCGACAGAUUAUCAUCAGGGUGAAGUUGGCUAGUUGCGGCUUCAUUGACAACAUCGUUUUGGCCAGGAAGUUUUUCACUCUCUACAAGCUGUGUGAGGAGCAGCUUUCUAAGCAGGUACAUUAUGAUUUUGGUCUGCGGAACAUUCUGUCAGUUCUGCGAACACUGGGCGCCGCAAAAAGAGCCAACCCCACAGAUACGGAGUCAACAAUAGUCAUGCGUGUUCUGCGAGACAUGAAUCUUUCUAAACUGAUUGAUGAGGAUGAACCCUUAUUUUUGAGUUUGAUUGAAGAUCUCUUCCCAAAUAUUCUUCUGGACAAAGCAGGUUAUCCGGAACUGGAAAUGGCGAUUAGUAGACAGGUUGAAGAAGCUGGUUUAAUUAACCAUCCUCCAUGGAAACUGAAAGUCAUCCAGCUGUUUGAGACGCAGAGAGUGCGGCAUGGAAUGAUGACCCUGGGGCCUAGUGGGGCGGGGAAGACCACCUGUAUCCACACCUUGAUGAAAGCCAUGACAGAAUGUGGAAAACCACACCGGGAAAUGAGGAUGAAUCCCAAAGCAAUUACGGCCCCACAGAUGUUUGGUCGACUUGACGUGGCCACAAAUGAUUGGACAGAUGGGAUAUUUUCAACUCUUUGGAGGAAAACAUUGAGAGCCAAGAAAGGGGAGCAUAUCUGGAUAGUUCUUGAUGGUCCAGUAGAUGCCAUCUGGAUUGAAAACCUGAAUUCUGUUUUGGAUGAUAACAAAACUCUAACCCUUGCCAAUGGCGAUCGGAUUCCCAUGGCUCCAAACUGCAAGAUCAUUUUUGAACCUCAUAACAUUGACAACGCGUCACCAGCUACUGUCUCGAGAAAUGGAAUGGUUUUCAUGAGUUCUUCUAUCCUCGACUGGAGUCCUGUUCUUGAGAGUUUCCUUAAGAAGCGCUCCCCUCAGGAAGCCGAAAUUCUUCGUCAGCUGUACAUCAAGUCUUUUCCCGACCUGUAUCGCUUCAGUGUUCAGAACGUAGAAUACAAGAUGGAGAUGCUUGAAGCCUUUGUAAUCAUGCAGAGCAUUAACAUGCUUCAAGGGCUGAUCCCUCCAAAGGAACAAGGUGUGGAGGUCACACCGGAGCACCUGGGGAGACUGUACGUCUUCUCCCUGAUGUGGAGCAUUGGGGCCGUGCUAGAGCUGGAGGGCCGACGCCGGAUAGAGCACUGGCUGCGUUCUCAGGAAGCGCUGACCUCGGGUUUGCCGCCUCUAGCGGGGACCGAUGACACCAUGUUUGACUAUUAUGUCUCGUCCAGUGGUCAAUGGCUGCACUGGAACACAUGUACGGAGGAAUAUGUGUAUCCACCUGACAUCACCCCAGAAUAUGGCUCCAUCCUGGUACCAAAUGUUGACAAUGUGAGGACUGACUUUCUAAUUAAAACCAUCGCUAAACAGGGCAAGGCCGUGCUAUUAAUUGGGGAACAAGGAACGGCCAAAACAGUCAUUAUCAAAGGAUUUAUGUCAAAAUAUGAUUCUGAAAGUCACAUGAUCAAGAGUCUGAAUUUUUCUUCUGCAACCACCCCACUGAUGUUUCAGAGGACAAUAGAGAGCUAUGUGGAUAAACGCAUGGGUACAACAUAUGGCCCUCCUGCAGGAAAGAAGAUGACUGUUUUUAUUGAUGAUGUGAAUAUGCCAGUAGUCAAUGAGUGGGGAGAUCAGGUUACUAAUGAGAUCGUACGACAGCUGAUGGAACAGAAUGGAUUUUAUAACCUGGAAAAGCCUGGGGAGUUUACCAGCAUUGUGGACAUCCAAUUCCUGGCAGCCAUGAUCCAUCCUGGGGGUGGACGCAAUGAUAUCCCCCAAAGACUCAAGAGGCAGUUCUCUAUAUUCAACUGCACGUUGCCUUCUGAUGCUUCCAUGGACAAGAUCUUUGGUGUGAUUGGAAUAGGCUACUAUUGUAGUCAGAGAGGCUUUUCAGAAGGCGUGAGAGAUUCAGUGAUGAAACUGGUCCCCUUGACACGUCGACUGUGGCAGAUGACCAAGAUGAAAAUGCUCCCUACCCCUGCAAAAUUCCAUUAUGUGUUUAACCUUCGAGAUCUUUCUAGGAUCUGGCAAGGAAUGCUGAACGUCACCUCAGAGGUUGUCAAGGAACCAGAUGAUCUGUUAAGGUUGUGGAAGCAUGAGUGUAAACGUGUGAUAGCUGAUCGUUUCACGGUUUCCGGUGAUGUGACCUGGUUUGAUAAGGCUCUAGUAAGUUUGGUGGAGGAGGAGUUUGGUGAAGACAAAAAUCCCUUGGUGGCCUGUGGAUCUGAUGCUUAUUUUGUGGAUUUCCUCAGGGAUGCACCGGAAGCUACAGGUGAAACAUCUGAGGAGGCUGAUGCUGAAAUGCCCAAAAUUUAUGAGCCAAUUGAAUCUUUUCAUCACCUAAAGGAGCGUUUGAAUAUGUUCCUGCAGCUGUAUAAUGAGAGCGUCCGUGGCACUGGCAUGGAUUUGGUGUUCUUCGAUGAUGCCAUGGUUCACUUGGUCAAGAUCUCACGUGUCAUUGGUACGCCCCGGGGAAAUGCCCUCCUGGUGGGGGUGGGCGGAUCAGGAAAGCAGAGCCUGACAAGGUUGGCUUCAUUCAUUGCUGGCUAUACUUCCUUCCAGAUCACUCUGACAAGGUCCUAUAGCACAUCAAAUCUAGUGGAAGACUUGAAGAUUUUGUAUAGAACAGCUGGGCAGCAAGGUGAAGGGGUCACUUUCAUCUUCACGGACAAUGAGAUUAAGGAAGAGUCAUUUCUGGAAUAUAUGAACAACGUUUUAUCAUCGGGUGAGGUCUCCAACCUAUUUGCUCGUGAUGAAAUUGAUGAAAUAAAUAGUGAUCUUGUACCAGUCAUGAAAAAAGAAUACCCCAGGCGCCCUCCUACCAAUGAGAACCUGCAUGACUACUUCAUGAGUCGGGUCCGACAGAACCUUCACAUUGUGCUCUGCUUUUCACCUGUGGGGGAGAAAUUUCGAAAUCGAGCUUUGAAGUUCCCUGCCCUUAUUUCAGGAUGCACCAUUGACUGGUUCAGCCGAUGGCCUAAAGAUGCCUUAGUUGCUGUGUCUGAACACUUCCUGUCCCCCUACAACAUUGACUGCAGUUUGGAAACCAAGAAGGAAGUGGUUCAAUGCAUGGGCUCCUUCCAGGAUGGGGUAGCUGAGAAGUGUGUUGAUUAUUUCCAGAGAUUCCGACGUUCUGCUCACGUGACUCCCAAGUCGUACCUCUCCUUUAUUCAAGGCUACACUCUCACAUAUGGAGAAAAGCAUGCGGAAGUGCAAACUCUGGCCAACAGAAUGAACACUGGAUUGGAAAAGCUAAAAGAAGCCUCAGAGUCUGUUGCAGCCCUGAGCAAAGAACUGGCAGUGAAAGAAAAGGAGCUCCAAGUGGCCAAUGAAAAAGCCGACACGGUCUUGAAAGAAGUGACAAUGAAAGCGCAGGCUGCUGAGAAGGUCAAGGCGGAGGUACAGAAGGUGAAGGACAAAGCCCAAGCCAUUGUAGACAGCAUCUCCAAAGAUAAAGCCAUCGCUGAAGAAAAACUGGAAGCUGCAAAGCCAGCCUUAGAAGAGGCAGAAGCAGCCCUGCAGACUAUCAAGCCUUCGGACAUCGCCACUGUCCGCACACUGGGCCGACCCCCUCACCUCAUCAUGAGGAUCAUGGACUGUGUGUUGCUCCUGUUUCAAAGGAAAGUCAAUGAGGUGAAAAUUGACCUGGAAAAAAGCUGUACAAUUCCUUCCUGGCAAGAAUCUUUAAAACUCAUGACUGCGGGAAACUUUUUACAGAACUUGCAGCAAUUCCCAAAAGACACAAUCAAUGAAGAAGUGAUAGAGUUUUUGGAUCCUUACUUUGAAAUGGCUGACUACAACAUCGAAACUGCUAAGCGUGUAUGUGGGAACGUAGCUGGUCUUUGUUCCUGGACCAAAGCCAUGGCUUCCUUCUUUUCUAUAAACAGAGAAGUUUUGCCUCUAAAGGCCAACUUGGUGGUGCAGGAGAAUCGCUAUGUCUUGGCCAUGCAGGACUUGCAGAAGGCCCAGGCCGAGCUGGACGACAAGCAAGCAGAGCUCGAUGUGGUGCAGGCCGAGUAUGAACAGGCCAUGACCGAAAAGCAGACCUUGCUCGAAGAUGCUGAGAGGUGCAGACAUAAGAUGCAGACUGCUUCCAUGCUGAUCGGUGGUUUGGUGGGAGAAAAAGAAAGAUGGACAGAGCAAAGUAAAGAGUUUGCUGCACAAACAAAAAGACUUGUAGGGGAUGUAUUGUUGGCUACAGCUUUUCUAUCUUAUUCUGGUCCAUUCAACCAAGAGUUUCGCAAUCUGCUGCUAAAUGACUGGAAGAAGGAAAUGAAAGUCCGGGAAAUCCCAUUUGGAGACAAUCUAAAUCUCAAUGAGAUGUUGAUUGAUGCCCCUACGAUUAGUGAAUGGAACCUCCAAGGUCUGCCAAAUGAUGACCUAUCCAUUCAGAAUGGAAUUAUUGUCACAAAGGCAUCUCGCUAUCCUCUGUUAAUUGAUCCACAGACUCAAGGGAAGAUCUGGAUUAAAAAUAAAGAAAGCCAGAAUGAACUCCAGAUCACAUCUCUAAAUCACAAGUACUUCAGAAACCACCUGGAGGAUAGUCUUUCUCUUGGAAGGCCCUUGCUUAUUGAAGAUGUUGGAGAGGAAUUAGACCCAGCACUGGAUAAUGUUUUGGAGAGAAACUUCAUUAAGACUGGGUCUACCUUUAAGGUGAAAGUUGGUGACAAGGAAGUAGAUGUGAUGGAAGGCUUCAAACUCUACAUUACCACCAAACUGCCCAAUCCAGCCUACACCCCCGAAAUAAGUGCUCGGACCUCUAUCAUUGACUUCACUGUCACCAUGAAAGGUCUGGAAGAUCAGUUACUAGGAAGAGUCAUUCUCACAGAGAAACAGGAAUUGGAGAAGGAGAGAACUCAUCUCCUGGAAGAUGUAACUGCAAACAAAAGAAGGAUGAAGGAGCUAGAAGAUAAUUUGCUUUACCGGCUGACGAGCACCCAGGGGUCCCUGGUGGAAGACGAGAGUCUCAUCGUUGUGCUGAGCAACACAAAAAAGACCGCGGAAGAGGUGACGCAGAAGCUGGAGAUUUCGGCCGAGACGGAAAUUCAAAUUAACUCAGCCCGGGAGGAAUACAGACCUGUGGCUACACGGGGCAGCAUCCUGUACUUCCUCGUCACUGAGAUGCGCUUGGUUAAUGAAAUGUAUCAGACUUCACUCCGCCAGUUUCUCGGCUUGUUUGACCUUUCCUUAGCCCGGUCUGUCAAGAGCCCAAUUACGAGCAAGAGGAUCGCUAAUAUCAUUGAGCAUAUGACUUAUGAGGUUUAUAAGUAUGCAGCCCGGGGGUUGUAUGAGGAGCACAAGUUCCUGUUUACCUUGUUGCUUACCCUGAAGAUCGACAUCCAGAGGAACCGAGUGAAGCAUGAAGAAUUUCUCACCCUUAUUAAAGGAGGUGCCUCACUGGACCUUAAAGCCUGUCCUCCUAAACCAUCUAAAUGGAUCCUGGACAUGACGUGGCUGAAUUUAGUGGAACUCAGCAAACUUAGGCAGUUUUCAGAUGUCCUUGAUCAGAUAUCAAGAAAUGAGAAAAUGUGGAAAGUUUGGUUUGAUAAGGAAAACCCCGAGGAAGAACCCCUUCCAAAUGCCUAUGAUAAAUCUCUUGACUGCUUUAGACGCCUUCUCCUUAUUAGAUCCUGGUGUCCUGACAGAACUAUUGCCCAGGCUCGCAAGUACAUCAUGGACUCCAUGGGAGAGAAGUAUGCAGAAGGCAUUAUCCUGGAUUUGGAAAAGACAUGGGAGGAAUCUGAUCCGCGGACACCACUCAUCUGUCUCCUGUCUAUGGGCUCAGAUCCCACAGAUUCCAUCAUUGCCCUGGGGAAGAGAUUAAAAAUAGAAACCCGUUAUGUAUCCAUGGGCCAGGGCCAGGAGGUCCAUGCCCGCAGGCUCUUACAACAGACCAUGGCGAAUGGGGGAUGGGCACUUCUGCAGAACUGCCAUCUGGGGCUCAAUUUCAUGGAAGAGCUGAUGGACACAGUUAUAGAGACCGAGGUCGUACACAGUGCCUUCCGCCUCUGGAUGACCACAGAAGUUCACAAGCACUUUCCCAUCACGCUCCUUCAGAUGUCCAUUAAAUUUGCCAAUGAGCCUCCACAGGGCCUGCGGGCAGGACUGAAAAGAACAUAUGGUGGCGUGAGCCAAGACCUGCUGGACGUGAGCACCGUGGCCCAGUGGAAGCCCAUGCUGUAUGCCGUGGCUUUCCUGCACUCCACAGUCCAGGAGAGAAGGAAGUUUGGUCCCCUGGGGUGGAACAUCCCCUAUGAAUUUAAUCAAGCUGACUUUAAUGCCACUGUGCAGUUCAUCCAAAACCACUUAGAUGACAUGGAUGUCAAAAAGGGCGUCUCCUGGGCCACCGUCUGCUACAUGAUAGGAGAGAUCCAGUAUGGGGGCAGAGUCACCGAUGAUUAUGAUAAGAGGUUGCUGAACACGUUUGCUAAGGUCUGGUUCAGCGAAAACAUGUUUGGAUCAGAUUUCAGCUUUUACCAAGGAUAUAAUAUUCCCAGAUGCAACACUGUGGACAGCUAUCUUCAGUAUAUCCAGAGCCUGCCUACCUGUGACAGCCCAGAAGUGUUUGGACUGCACCCCAAUGCCGACAUCACCUACCAGAGCAAGCAGGCCAAGGACGUGCUGGACACCAUCCUCAGCAUCCAACCCAAAGACAGCUCUGGUGGAGGGGAUGAGACCCGGGAGGCUGUGGUGGCCCGGCUCGCUGACGAUAUGCUGGACAAGUUACCCCCAGACUAUGGCCCAUUUGAAGUGAAAGAGAGGCUGCUAAAGAUGGGGCCGUUCCAGCCCAUGAACAUUUUCCUCAGGCAGGAGAUAGACAGAAUGCAGAGGCUACUGACUCUGGUCCGCAGCACCCUGAUGGAGUUAAAACUUGCUAUCGAUGGCACCAUCAUCAUGAGCGAAAAUCUACGAGAUGCACUGAAUUGCAUGUUUGAUGCCAGGAUUCCUGCUCAGUGGAAGAAAGCGUCAUGGGUUUCAAGUACAUUGGGUUUCUGGUUUACUGAGCUUAUAGAAAGAAACUGCCAGUUUACUUCGUGGGUGUUCAAUGGCCGACCCCACUGCUUCUGGAUGACAGGCUUUUUUAACCCCCAAGGAUUUUUAACUGCAAUGCGCCAGGAAAUCACUCGGGCCAACAAAGGCUGGGCCUUAGACAAUAUGGUGCUUUGCAACGAGGUCACCAAGUGGAUGAAGGAUGACAUUUCUGCCCCUCCCACAGAGGGUGUCUACGUCUAUGGCUUAUACCUUGAAGGUGCAGGCUGGGACAAGAGGAACAUGAAACUCAUUGAAUCCAAACCAAAAGUGCUCUUUGAAUUGAUGCCCGUCAUAAGGAUUUAUGCAGAAAACAACACCUUAAGAGAUCCUCGGUUUUAUUCCUGUCCUAUUUACAAGAAGCCAGUCCGAACGGACUUGAACUACAUCGCUGCCGUGGACCUCAGGACGGCCCAGGUCCCUGAACACUGGGUGCUCCGGGGGGUUGCCCUACUCUGUGAUGUCAAGUAA